AUGAGACGUAUAUUCUACGACGGACGACCAGAAAAUGAUGGUCAGUUCUAUUGGUUUCAAGAUAACAGAACGGGAUGCGAGAAGCAGACAGUAUAUUUUGAAAGGAUUAGACAGCUCGAUUCAGAACUUAUUACAAAGGAACAGAAACAUUUAGUUGGUGCGAUGGAACGUUUAAAACAGCUCAGAUAUCCUAGACGGAAGCCGAUUGUAUUAAACAAAAAUUGGGACGAACGAGGGACGAAAUAUAAACAAAAAUGGAGAUUUGAAAAACAUGAGCAUAUGGCAAAACAGAGCGAGAAAUCAGCGCUCUCUUUAAAUGCAAAACAAAUGGAAAUCUGUGUUGAGACCAAGGACGAUAGAGCAAAUUUGAGACCAAAAUUUGAAAGCCCACAUAGAAGCAUGCCACAAUCAACGCCAUCAUAUGAGCAGCCAGAGCAGCAAACAAUCCAAAUAGAUUACUCUGUAACAAAUAUUUAUGAUAAUAAACCACACUCAAGGAAGGUGCAAACAUAUGAUAUGCUAUUACCAAGCCUGCCUUGUAUACCAAAUGUGGGACAUAGGACGAAUAUUGAGAAUGAAAAUAAACUAAGGAUAUUAGAACUGGCGAAUGGAGAAUUUCAAAAAUGCAGACUUUCAGAUGCUUCUAAUAAAAGCAAGAAGAGAUUAGGCGGCGAGAGAAGGUUUAACUCUAAACCCACGAGUGGAAAGUUAGAAGAAUAUACUCCUUCAAAUCAGAGCGAUACUUUAACACCUGUUUUGACAGCUGUCGAUGAAACGCCUGGUGAAAAAGAGUUCAGUAAAAGUUUACAUGAAGAAAGUGUAAUUCGCCAGGAAAUUGGAAAGUCUGAAACACAAACAAGGAAUUUCAAAUGCGAUGUUGAAUGUGAGACGAGCAAUGCAAGACAGCCACCGCCAACCAGGAAAAACUCACAUAUAACAACUCCGGAACCGAAAGACAACAGGAGUAGCCCAUUAUGUGUUGCUAUUAAAAGUUCUAGCAUAUGA